AUGGUGGAGGAGGAUGAGGAGGCAGACGAUGAUUGGUUGUCAAAGCCUGCUCCCAACGCCGACGAGCAGAUGAUCCAAGAGGAUGAGUAUGCACAGGAGAAUAGGUUUCUGGUGGAUCCAUCUGGAUUUGACCGCCGUUCAUGGUCUUCGGAGUUUCUACAGGCCCUUAUCAGUAUUUUUCUUCUCCAGAACAACGCCGGUCUAUAUGUGCGCCGCCGGUGGAUGCAGAAGGAGGAAGACUUCGGCAAGCUAAAAGAUUUGAAUAUCGACCCGUACGUCCACGUACCCAUAACGCAGCACCGAGAGAUUUUCCUCUCCCCAUCCCAUCUGCAGAUCGAUGAUUUCUUCUCCCCAUCUGCAGAUCGACCCGGCCUGACCUCGACUGACCCGACCUGUCCCCUACCUACGCACCACUCCAGAUUCAUCUCCAUGGAGGCGGACAAGGAGAGGAACACGAAGCCAAGGCUGGACGACCAUCCGGGGGCGACGGCGUUGACGGACGAUCUCAUCCUAGAGAUUCUGUCCCGCCUCCCGGCCAGGUCUGUCCACCGCUUCAAGUGCGUCUCCGUGCCCUGGCGCGACCUCAUCGCCGACCCCGCCAACCACAAGAAGCUGCCCCAGACCCUCGCUGGCUUCCUCUACAUGACCGUCCACAAGAGCGGGCAUGGCCACCACUUCGCCAGCGUCUCCGGCGACGGCGCAGCAGCCCCGUUCGACCUCUCCCUCCCUUACCUGCACCAUAGCAAGGACGAGGGCAUGAUCCACGUGCAUGCCUGCAAUGGCCUCCUUCUCUACCGCAGCUACAAGAAAAGCAAGGUCGCCCGUUCGAAAGAGGAUGAUUUCCGUUUUGUCGUGUGCAAUCCCAUCACACGGAGGUGGGUGGAGCUGCCCCGGCUGCCCUCCAAAAGAUAUAGCCGUACCAUAGGCCUGGCUCUCGAUCCGGUGACGGCCAACAUACAUAGCCGUACCACAGGCCUGGCUUUCGAUCCCGCCGAAUCAUCCCAUUUUCACGUUCUUCAUUUUGAGCAGACCGUUCAGGAACCCUACGUCACAGGAGUGUACAUUUACUCGUCGCGGACACGAGCCUGGACUCAUAGGGAUUGUGAGAUGGCUGAGAAAGUUAAGCUAUUCUUCGGGAGUAGAUGCAUCUAUGUUGGCGGCAUGCUCUACCUGAUGGGUAGCCUUAAACGCAAUGGCGGUCAUCUGUUGCUGGGGGUGGACAUGGAGGGCAAAGUGUGGAAGACCAUCAGUUUGCCGUUCGGCCGAAGGUUUGGUACAAUUGGAUCGUUGCAGGGGUGCUUACACUACGCUGUAGCUUCCCGCGAUGAUAACAAUAAAAUCUGUGGGUUAGAACUCUGGUGCCUCAAGGAUUACGAUAGUAAAGAAUUGGUCCUGAAGCAUACUGCGGGCUUCGCUAAGCUUAUGAGCCUGCCUGGGAAGCAGUACAGGGCGGAAGAGAUUCAUCCAGAUUGCGACACCAUUUUCCUCGUCUCAUGUUUAGGGAGUACCUUGGUAGCAUAUGAUAUGCGGCAUCAGAAAGUUGGAUGUGUCCUUGAUCUUGAGAAGAGAAACACACAACUAUUUCUACCCUAUGCUCCUCUCUACUCAGAGUCACUAGCCUUAAAAUCACCCUUGUGCUUCCUUCAAGAUUUGGCUCUUUUGUCGGCUGAAGUAUUUGCCUGUCACUGGCUGCUGCUCUUGACAUGCAUCAUCGUCACGGGAAAGUUUAGAAACAGCCAGUGGUAUCAACUGAACUAA